AUGUUAAUUUUUUCUUCGUUUCAGGCAAACACGAAAAAGCAAAAAUAUGAACGUAUUUACGAGCGAAAAGUUGCUACCUCUCCGGAGCAGUUGUGCAAGGGUUACGCUUUUGAAUUCGAGAAGUAUCUGCACUACGCCCGAGCCUUGUCUUUCGAAUGCACGCCAGAUUAUCAGUACCUAAGAGGAAUGUUCCGUCGACUUUUCCAAAGCUUGGAUUAUUCUCUGGACUAUCUAUUCGAUUGGACAUUGUUGCGCACAAAUACUUUGAACUCAGAGGCCGCAGUUGUGAGAAACCCCAAUGAAGGCAAUAAUAACGCAAACAAUAAUACGACGAGUAACAACAACAAUAAUAAUUCAAACGCUAAUCCAAAUGCUGCUGCUAACCGUAACCACACAGGUGGUGGUACCGAGCCGCAGCCCGAUCAAUCUAAUGAUGUUGAUGCUCAGACACGUAUGAUUCUCCAUAGCCUUGUCGGUCGUGGGCAUCAUUCUUCGUCCAAUCAACCUCAGCCGCAACAGCAGCAACAACUGUUGCAACAACAGCUGAACAACAACAGUGGUGCAGUCCAGUCCUCAGCCAUGCACUCGCAAUUCGUCAACCCUUCUGGUAGCGGUGUAACGCAUUCCGGUGUUUACAAUGCCGCAGCUGGAACUAGCGGUGCAUAUGGCAUGCGCUGUGUUAUGCCUGACUUGCGACGUUGA